AUGGAGCCUUCUCCAUGUUGUAAAGUUGUGAGGGAAACACUGGUGGAGCUAGAGCUUCCUCACAUACUUCGCAGUUGUGCCCGUGGGAGCCCAAAAAGGCAGAUACUGUACGAGAAAGCUGGACAUUUUCAGGUUCCAUACCCGGAAGAUCCAAAUACUGGAGUACAGAUGUUUGAAAGCGCUGAAAUUGUGGAAUACCUGAAGGCCACUUAA